GGAUGUUUGACGCUGACAUGAGAACAAUUGUAGUACGCAAGCGUUGACCAGUCCCGGCGAGAACAUGGCUUCGGCGGAGGGUCCUGGGGCCCCAGCCAGCCUGCAGGAUUCACUGACACCUAUAGUUGCACCUCCCGCGAAUGUAACACCUAGCGCAACGACGGUCGCAUCCCCAGACACCGCGCCAAGUGGCCCCACACCAAUGUGCACCGACGAGCCUCCUGCGGCCGCUCCUCAGUUGAUUGCUCCAACAAUGACUCAGCCAGGGUCCACUACCGCAGCGCAGAAUACAUCAAUGCCUCCUCCGGCGAACACGCCAUCCGCCCAAACAGCCCCCGCGCAGGCCCUUGUGCCACAGAGCCUUACGGACCCUAUCUAUGGAUACCUGGUCGCUGACGCCUCGUUCGUGGCCGCGGUCAAGCGGCAGGAUGUGACACAGGCUGCGCAGGCAGCGGCAAAGACCAUCAAGACUAACCUGUCUGCCAUCAUGAGUCGCAUCAAGCCACAGCAGAACAUGGCCAUGGCCAGCCUGCUGCAGACCCCAGGCGGCAGUAGCGCCGGCGCCGGUCCGGGCGGGCUGGCCGUGGCAGCAGCAGCUGGAGCUGGAGCUGGAGCUGGAGGCGCAGCCCCGGGCGCGCCGCUGCUACCCCCCAUGGGCGGCGGGUACGGGCAGCAGCAGCAGCAGCAGCAACAGCAGUCGGGCGAGCAGCGGCUGUCGGAUGAUGGGCGGGGUGGCGGGGGCGGCUUCCGGCGCGGGGGCAGCAGCGAGCCGGCGGACUUGCCCGGGCGGGUGCGGGAGCUGCGGCGCGGCGACUGGGUGGUCAUCCGCAGCGCCAACAAGUCCACGGACCCGGAGCUGCUGGGCCACGACGCCUGGGUGGCGCGCGUGGAGCACAACGGCUGGGUGGAGCUGCAGGUGCCCAAGCUGGGCCGCACCGUGAAGCUCCAGCAGCGCUACCUGCAGCUCAUACCGCCCGCGCAGCCCAUGGGGGGAGGAGGAGGAGGCGGCGGCGGCAUGGGUGGCGGCAGCAUGGGCAUGAUGAUGCCCCUGCCGGUCAGCGGCGGCGGCGGCAGCUACGGCGGCGCCGGGGGUGGCGGCUACGGCGCCGGCGGCUACGGCGGAAGCUACGGCGCCGGCGGAGGAAGCUACGGCGGGGGUGGUGCCAGCUAUGGUGGUGGCGGCGGAAGCUACGGCGGAGGCGGAGGCAGCUACGGCGGCAGUUUGGGCGGAUUCGGUGGAAUGGGCGGCAUGGGUGCGCCGUCGCCGGCGGGGCUGCCGCCGCCGCGGCCGCGCACGGCGUCGGAGGCGAGUGGUGGCAUGGGGCCGCCGGGAUCCGGCGCGCCCUACGUGCAAAUGGAUUCAGGCGGCGGUGGCGGCGGCGGGCUGGAUCCAGGAUCCAGGCCGCACAAGCGGCCGCACCUGGAUCCAGGCGUGCGGCCGGCGCUGGUGCUGGAGGGGCUGCCGCCCGCACGAGUGGCCUUCACGCCGCAGGCGGCGCGCAGCGGCAGCAGCCGCGUCAAGGAGGUGGUUCGCGUCAUCCGCCGCGAGCUGCUGGGGCUGGAGGAGUCCAUCCCCUGGAACUGCGUCACGCCCGCCUGGAAGAACACACGACCCGCAUGGCGCCGAGGGCUGCAGCGCUCCACAGACUCGCCAGCGCCCACGCCGGCGCCGGCAGGCGCAGGCGCCGGCGGAGCCGCCGGAGGCGGCGGGGCGGCGGCUGUGCCGCCGCCCGAGUCGCCGGGCGAUGCGGCGUCCGCUGCUGCUGCGGCGGCGCUGUCGGCGCUGGUCGGUGCCACGGCGACGGCCAUGUUGGAGCUGCAUGAGAGCCUGAUGACGGACAAGGGGCAGGGGCUGUUCGCGAGGCGGGGCGCGUGGGAGACGCGGCUCAAGGAGCUUGCGGAUGGCGGCAACAACCACCUGUGCCUGCAGGUGGUCUGGAACGAGAUGAACGAGGGCAUCAAGUCCUGGAUGGCAGCGGGCGGCAAUGCCGCGCCGCUGCCGGGACCCGCCGGCCUGCCCAGCUUCAGGUCCAUGGACAGCGGCACCGGCGCCGGGCCGGGCGGCGGCGGGCCGGACGGGUCUUUCGCGACGCCGCGCGACUCGUACGGCGGCGCCAUGGCCGACCCGACCGACUGCUACACGCACCCGCCGCAGCUCAUGCAGCCACCCCCCGGCUCCCUGGGUGGCGGCGGCGGCGGAAUGCAGCUGUCCACGCCCUUUGGCGGCGGCGGUACCCCGGGCAUGGCGCUCGGCGGCGGCGGCGGCGGUUACGAUCCGUACUUCAACAUGCCGGGCAGCGCCCGCGCUGGCAGCAUGGCGGCGCCGUUGUCGGCGCCGCCAGGCGGCGCACGUGGCGGCGGCGGCAUGGGCGGCAUGGGCAGCUUGGGACUGGGCGUGAUGGGUGUGGGCAUGGGCGGCAUGGGUGGAAUGGGCGGCGGCAUGGGGGCGCCCCUGGCGGUGUCGCCGUGGGUGGUGCGCAGCGAGCUGGCGCUGCUGAUGAGCGGCCUGGAGUGCGAGGUGGACACCGACUGCGACGAGGGCCCAGACGCCACAGAUGUGGAUGAGGAUGAGGAGGGCGGUGACGGGGACAGCAGCGGUCCGGAGUCCGCCUUUGCGGCGGCGCGCCGGCGGCGGCGGAAGCAGCAGCCACCGGCGCCGCAGGAGGCACUGCCGGCGCUGCCGGCGCCGGCGGCGACGGAGCCGACAGAGCCGGUGGCGGCGGCGGUGCCUGCUGGGGCGGCUGUGCCUGCGGCGGAGGCGCCGGUGCCGGCGCCUUGUCAGGCAGCUGCCCCCGCUGCGGCGGCAGCACCUGAGGCGGCCACGGUGGUGGAAGCUGGAGCUACUGCGGAGCCGGCGGCAACGGCGGCGGCGGUGGCCGCAGCCGCACCCACCACCACCGACGCAGCGCCCGCAUCAGCACCAGCGCUGGCGGUUGCCGGUGACGCGACGGCGGCCGAGCCUGCACCAGCAGCAGUGGCGGCGGCGGCGCCAGCCGCGGUGCCGGUGCAGCCCACUGCAGAGCCUCGGGCAGCGGAACCGGCGGCAGCUGCAGCUGCGGUGGCGCCAUCGGCGCCAGCGCCCGCCACAGCCGGCGACGCGAUGGCUGUUGAGCCGGGGGCAGACGAAGCUGCCGGGGCGGGGCCUGCGACGGCAGGGGCCGCGAGCAAUGGAGUCCCGGCCAGCGCUGGCGCGAGCGGGAGUGGCGGCGCGGCGGCGGCGGUGGAGGCGAAGGCGGCGGCGCCGAAGGCGGCGGCAGCGGAGGCGGCGGUGCAGCCAGAGGCGGAGGCGGCGAAGCAGGCGGCGGGUGCUGGUGGAGCUGGUGGUGCUGGGGAGCAGCCGGUGGCGAAGGCCUCAGGGGCUGAGCCCAUGGAAGCUGAGCCGCAAGCCGUGGCCGCAAACGCAAACUGACUGACUACGGGUGGCUUUUCCGCUUGUGCCGAUUGUAUGUUGACUCGUGUUCGCCUACCGACAACUACGGUAAUGUAAAGUGCGUUUGGUCCGUUGUGUGCAGUGAGACUCGUGGAUUGCGCCGGCACCGGAACGUUGCCACUGUGGCAUUGCGUGUCAGCGUGCCUGUACCAGAAACGUGCAUAAGGCAAGAUCGAUACUGACGGCACCGUGAUCCGGUGGACGCAGCAUCGGCCCUUCAAGCUAGUAAGCUAAGCGUUGUAAAGCUGUUUGGGU